AUGCUUUCUGGUCAAAUCCCUAUAGAAAUUUCACAAUUGUCGCACUUGUUAUCCCUUGAUUUGUCUUAUAACAGUGAUUUGGAACUCAAAAAGCACAGCCUAAGAUGCUUAGUUCAAAACUUGACCUGCCUACAAAAGCUUGAUUUGAGUGGGGUGAACAUUAGCUCUAUGGUGCCGAAUAUUUUGACAAAUUUGUCUUCUUUAAAGUCCUUCUCUCUUGUUGAUUGUGGUUUGCACGAGAAAUUUUCAGUAGGCAUCUUCAAGCUAUCAAAGUUGCGGUUUCUUUUUGUACGUGAAAAUAAUGGCCUCACCGGUUAUUUGCCUGGCUUUACAUGGAGUAAUCAGCUUGAGAAAUUGGAUCUCUCAUUCACGAGUUUCUCAGGUGAGCUACUCGCUUACAUGGGAAACCUUCGCUUCCUGGUUGAGUUGAAUAUGAGAGGUUGCAAUAUCUCAGGGCCCAUUCCUUCUUCGGUUGGUAACCUCACUAAACUCACUUAUCUUGACCUUUCGUUUAACUCUUUCGUGGGUAACAUCCGGCCUUCACUUGGAAACCUUCCUCAACUCUUUAGUCUAGACAUUUCCAACAAUCGAUUGAUUGGUCCUAAUCUUGAAGUUCUUGAUCUUUCUGAGAACUACCUUAACGGCAUUGUGGAGUUUGAUGAGUUUGUUAAGCUCAAACAUUUAAAUACUUUGGAUAUCGCUGGUAAUGAAUUGUUGUUACUUACUAAAGAAGCCGAUGCCAAUGCAACUCAUCAAAAUUUUGUUGCUUUAGCAUUUUCUUCGUGCAACUUGAGUGAGUUUCCAAAUUUCCUAAGAAACCAACAUGAGUUGGAUUCUCUUGAAGUCCUUGAUUUGGCUAAUAACAACUUUAAUGGCUCACUUCCUCGAUGCUUGGACAGCUUUGGUGCUUAUCUUUCAAUACUUGAUUUGCGGUGGAACAAAUUUCAAGGAAGCAUUCCAGAAAGUUGGAUUAAAGAAGGCAACUUGGUGAUGAUAAAUUCCAGUCAAAACAAAUUUCAAAGGGCAUUUGCCUAG